AUGGCGACGUUAAAUUCUGCCUUCGCUGAAAAAAAGGAAGCUUUUCCCCGCGGCGAGACAGGAGAAAAAUUAAAUCGUCCUGUAACGAUUUUAUCGCAUUUCCGAGAUCGAGGGAAUAAGGAAAAGCUAUCCGGGAGGAAGAUACACGCCGUUGGACUCGCGAUGCCUCAUCCACAAGAAAGGACGCGCGGAGGCUUGGUAGCGCAUCAGCAUUCAAAGUACUCUGGCAGAAGGAGGGUGCCGCUCUCCGGGACAGAAGAGGAACAAAAACCCCCGAGAGAGGAGGAUGUUGCAUUAAUAUUUAUACGGGAAAAGAGGGGCUGCCAGAGGGACGAAAUGAAAUGCAAAUGCCUUAACGAGCCACUGAGGGACUGCUGGAGCACAUCCUAG